AUGGCGGCGCUCCGCUGCGCGGCGAGGAGGAUCGUCGGCGACCAGCCACCGCGGCUGGUAUGCAGGGCGUCCGUGGUGGAGGGGCGACGGCGUAUGUCGCCGGCGGUCAUCGACCGCGGUUCGUCCGCCCGUCCUCGCUGCUUCUCCUCGCAGGGUGGCGAUGAUGAUCCGCUUACAUCUGAAGAGAAGAUGAGACUAUUUAAAAGGGGCGCUCACUUGAUCUUCAGGAUGACAAAAGCCAUCUCCACCGUUGUGGUCUGCGGAAUAGUCAUCAAGUGGUCAGUAACAGAGGUGUUCCGUCCUUACCCGACAAGCGAUUGUGCACGUGCUGUCCGGAAAUGCCGUGAGAUGCUACAGGGUCUACGGGGCAACCCUCCAACAUUGGAGGUUGGUCCUGUGCUGGGUGAUGAGAUGCUGGCGGCGGAGGUGGCAGCGUUCAAGUCCAUGGUGAAGGAUAUGAAGCGAGAAGCAGCGGAGAGACUGGAGGACUGA